AUGGAGGAAGAUAAAGUUCAUGCUUUCUCUUCCCCCAUGCCAUUAAUGUCAGAACAUUGGAAGACUGAAGAAGGGAAGAAAUCCAAUCCCUCCAGUUUGAGUGAGGUUUUGGGCUUGCGCGAGUUAUUUUCUCCACAGGUUAGUCCCGAGAUGAUCUCCUCCAUUGAGACCAAUAUCUCAGCACCAAACCUUGUAUUGUCAAUCCUGGUAGCAAUCAUCGCGGCGAUUCUCCUAAUUGCUACCUACCCGGUUUCCGGAGGCCACAUCAACCCCGUCAUCACCUUUUCCGCGGCACUAGUCGGCAUCAUUUCCUUCUCACGAGCUGCCGUGUACAUUUUCAUGCAAUGCGUGGGAGGAGUUCUAGGUGCCUUGGCACUCAAGGCUGUGAUUAACAGCAGCCUUGAAGAAACAUUCUCACUUGGAGGUUGCACCCUAACCGUGGUUUCUCCUGACCCACAAGGGCCCAUCACGGUCAGGAUCGGGACAGGCCAGGCCCUUUGGCUCGAGAUAAUAUGCACAUUUAUUUCCCUCCUUGCGUCGAUAUGGAUGGCCUUCGACCACCGCCAAGCCCACUCCAUGGGUAAGGUUAUGGUCCUCUCUAUUGUCGGAAUAGUGGUGGGCAUUCUUGUGUUUAUCUCGACCUUUGUAACAGCUGUGAAGGGCUACGCUGGGCCUGGAAUAAACCCAGUUAGAUGCCUCGGCCCAGCACUUGUUCGUGGGGGCCACCUCUGGAUUGGCCACUGGGUUUUUUGGGUUGGGCCUACUAUUUCUUGCUUCGCUUUCUACUUAUACGUCAAGCUCAUUCCCCGUCAACAUUUCCAUGUGGAGGGCUGCAAGCAUGAUAUCUUCGACUAUGUGAAGACUCUUCCCAAGUAG